AUGGACGAUGAAACGGAUUCAAACUCCAGUGCUUCUGAGCCCGAAAUUAAGUUGCCACAGGCACAGAUCAGCGGCGAAGCCUAUUGCAUCUUUCGCAAUGAAAUUUACUCCCAGUCAAACUUUAGCAGAGAUUCUAGAGAUCCCUUUGCUCCUCCCGAGCAGCCUUCAGUUUUGAUGCUAUGUUCGAACACGAAAGCCCAUCUCACCCUGUCACAAGAAUUAGUCACUUGUUCACCGAACCAAAAAAGAGAGCUCGAACAGACUGUAAAGUCCAAGAUCUUGAACGAUGUCAUCAGGACUUUCACGGGGCCUGGUGCACGUUGUAUUGUGGACCAGAUAAUCGAUUACCCCAAGUCUAGUUUCGGAACCAGCGUCAUUAAGGCUGAUAGUGCUGUGUCGAUCAGUCUUGCGGCGCUGGGCAGCGUGACAUCUCCCCCUUGGGCAACCCUUUGGCGAAUCAUGCUGAAAGUCCUGACUUUCCUAUUUCAUACACUUCCAAGCAAUCAUUCGCGAAUCCUCGUAGCACGGCGCCUGCCUACUUCAUUGUAUGACCAGGCGCAUUAUGAACCAUGGUUCUCGGAUUGUGCUCGAUGCGAACUCGAAAGAUGA